UCAAUCGUUCCAGGAGAAAGUCGUGGAGGCGAAAAUGCUCUACUCCCAUGGAGCGCUAGGCCUUGGCUGAUCAGUCAUCAAAUAAAUUCCCAAAAUCCAUGUAGCGAUAAUUACAGAAGUCAAUUCUCAGUAUUUCUUUCAUAUAGGAAAAACUUGAGAAGUUCACCCUUUCUACCAUCCCGACUUCCUUCUUUGUGCAUUCAUGGGUAACCCUUUCUACCAUCCUGACUUCCUUUUUUGUGCAUUCAUGGGUAAGGCAUUCGUCUUUUGAAUUUGGAAUCAUUUCUCAUUUGCAGUCUGAUGGAAAGAAAGAAAUAAGGACCUUUACCUCUACUCCUUUUCCUGCCAUAAAAGAUAGGGGAAGGUAGGUCAGUUUGACCCCAGCCCCACAGCUUUUAGGUCCUUGGUGCUCGAACAGGCGGGCAACUUACUCUUUUUCUACCUCUACUCCUUUUCCUGCCAUAAAAGAUAGGGGAAGGUAGGUCAGUUUGACCCCAGCCCCACAGCUUUUAGGUCCUUGGUGCUCGAACAGGCGGGCAACUUACUCUUUUUCUGUGACUAAAAAAGCCCUCUAUUUCAUUGUGGCAUUUCAAGGAAGGCCAAAUCAGCCAUUGGCGAGGCUCGAUCUAAUUGAGUAGAGUGAGUUCUAGAACCCUAGGUUAGAAAUUUUGGGUUAAAGAAAAGUGUAGGGUACCACUACCUUCCCCGUCUACCUAACCCACAACACCGCCCCUUGUCCUUAAGGAACCCUCAUACCUAACUACGCUCGAGCAGUCGACCGCUCCAUGGGCAGUGCAGUCUUCCCUGUGCACUAAAGAACCCAAGAACUCAGACGUCCUAUUGUGCCCGUACCUGAAGAGCUAACCCUCUCAGCAAUGCAGAAGAUUGGAAGAGUGUGCCCGGACAAAAGAAGACAAGAACCAAGCACUUAAGAACCUAACUCCUCUCUUUCUCUUGCUAUGGGGGAAGGACCCAACCCCUGUACCCACAUCCUAAGUCAUUCCCCCUCUACCGAACCCAUUAAAAGCCCAAAGAAUAAGCAUAACCCUAGGUUAGAAAUCCUGCUCUUACCUUCACCUCACCCAUUCCCUAUGCCUUUUUACCUUUUCCCCCAGCUAGACCUCUACCUUUACGCCCUACCCAUUAACCUCUGUCACUCAACCAAGAGAACCCACCCCUCUCUCCAUACCAGAGAGAAGACAAAGAUUGAAGAUGGUCCACGAACCCAUGCCUUACCUCAUGAACCUCUCAGUGGGCCAUUCCCCCGUACCCGUAAGGAAGAGCUAACCCACAGCUAGAAAACUAAAAGGUAGGACCUUCUUCCUCCUUCUCCUUAUUCUGAGAGACCGGUAAUUCUUCUUUUCAAGGGAAUAAAGACUUCGAUUUAGAUCAAUACGCUUGUAGCACCUAUUUAGAUCAAUUCUUCUUUUCAAGGGAUUCUAAGUUAACUUAUGAAAUUGCACAACUACUCUCCUUGCAACCACCUAUUUUACCGAAGAGAUCCUCUCCUGCUUUUGCUGAUCCGUCUUCUGAUCAUAUGCAGGCAAGAUUCAAGCCUUUUUUAUUUAAAGAGUAAGAAAUAUUACUAUCUUCGCAAGAAGUUUGCACCUCAAGUAUUUUAGGUUGGAUACCUUGACUUUUAAGAAAGGAGUAUCUUCAUCUUUCGGCCAUUGUUUGGAUUAUACAAAGUACAAAAUUGGUUGAGGAGUUCAUAAAUUGGAAAAAUUAAGGGGGCAUUUGGGGCGAGGAGUGACUUAUAAUAGUCUGCGUUUGAGGUGCAGACUAUUAUAGUUUAUGUUAUCAUUUGCAUUUGAGGUCAAACUUGUGGGGGAGUUGGAGUGGGAUAUUUUAGUCCAACCCCACGUUUGAGGCAUGGAUUAAGAAAAAGGGGGAUUAGUGUUAUUCUACUCCUCCUUAUUUUACGUUGAAAUCCCUGUCACGCACUGUUCCAUUCUCUCGGUUGAAUGCAUCUCGGAACAACUGAAAAUUUUUGUUUUUCUCGUGGUCAAUCUCAACUGAGAUCGACCUCAAGAUUCUUCCCAAAAAUAUAAAACUAUUUGAAGGAAAUUUAUCGGUUUUUCUCGGGGCCAUCUCAGGCCAACUUUAGCCCGGGAUCAUACUACAUUUUCUUAUCUUCUUUAGCUCGAGGCUAUCUCGGGCCAACUUCGGCCUAGGAUCAUACUACAUUACCUUAUCUUCUUUAGCUUGGGGCUUUGGUCCGAGAUAGCCUUGAGCUAAAGAACAUAAGCAUAAUGUAGUUGAUCCUGGGCCAAAGUUGCCUCGAGCUAAAGAACAUAAGCAUUAUGUAGUAUGAUCUUGAGCUAAGGUUGCCCAGAGAUGUUCCUGAGAGAGAUCGAGAAAUUUCCUUUAAAGAGUUAUUUAAAUUUGGGAAGAGAUCUCGAGGUCGAUCUUGAUCGAGAUUGACCCCAGAAAAACAAAAUUAAUGGUGGUCCCAAGAUGCACCCGACUUUGAGAGUGGAAUAGUGUAGCAGGAAGUAAUCCCCCUUUCACUUAAUCCAUGCCCCAAACGUGGAGUGGGCUAAAAUAACCAACUUUACUCCCCUUCCCUCAAAUUUGCACCCCAAACACACCUUGAGAGAUACACAAGAUUAUAGAUUGUUGGUGUAAAGUAUGAGAUGGGACUACAACUUUUUAAUGGACAACACUAAGCCGUUCUUUGAAUUAAAAGGUAGAUAAUUGGAUGCAAAGCUAGGAAAAUGGACGAAUAAAGGUCUUUAGAAGGCUAGUGGACUAUAUAUUGAAAGGGACAAAACAUAAAUUUGUUGUUGAUAGUCAUGUAUUCCAUGAUGAAGGAAGAUAAGAAAGGAUAAGAGAAUUUUGGAUUGAAGUAUGUAAUUUUAUUUCAACUUUUUGAUUUGGGAGGUCUAAACGCUCUUUGGGUUAAAAAGCAAUUAUUUAGUUGAAGAGUUCAUAAAAGUACAUAUUACGAGAUACAAAGGAUACAAUAAAUUUGGUUUAAGGUUGGAGAAUUUUGGUCGACGGUUGGGGAUUGGACUUCUGCAUUUGUAUUUAAUGGGGCCUAGCCAUUCUUUGGGAUAUAAAAAACAAAAGUGGUUGGAGAGUUCAUAAAUUGGAAAAAUUAAGAGAUGCAUCGGAUUGGAGAAUUUGGGUUUAAAGUAUGAGAUUGGACUACUACUUUCUAAGUGAAGACAUCAUGCCAUUGUUUGGAUGAAAGAGUUGAUUAUUGGAUGCAAGGUCAAGAAAAUGGACAAAUAAUAAGACUUGUGGAGGAUUUGUCAAGUAAUUGUCAUUGGAACAUGAUGUUAAAGAUUAUAUAUUGAAAAAGGGAAAACACAAGUUUGUUGUCCAUAGUUACGUAUUCCACGAUGAAGGCAAAUAAAUGAAAAUAAGUGAAUUUUGGAUUAAAGUAUGUGAUCGGACUUCAACAUUUUGAUUGAAGAGGUCUAGUCAUUCUAUGGAUUGAAAAGCUAAGUUUGGUUGGAGAGCAUAAAAAAUGGACAAAUUAAAAGAUGCUUAGGAUAAGCGUUUAAGGUUCGAGAUUGGACAUCCAACAUUUGGAUUGAAGAUGCCUGGCCAUUCUUUGAAUUAUAAUGUAAAAGUUUGGUUGAAGAGUUCUGGAAAUGGACAAUUAAGAGAAUUUUGGUUUAAAGUUUGAGAUUGGGCUAUAACUUUUUGAUUGGACACCUAGUCAUUCUUUGGAUGAAGUGUAGAUGAUUGGAUGCGAAGUAAAUAAAAUAGACAAAUAAAGUUACUUCUUAGAUAUGUGGACGAUUUGUUAUAGUGAUCGAUGUUGGAAGAGAAAGUAAGAGAUUAUAUGUUGUAAAUGGGAGAACAAAAAUUUGGUGUUGAUAAUUACGGAUUCCAUGAUGAAAUCAAAAGAGUAAUGAUAAGAGAUGAGAAGAGAAUUUUGUAUUAAAGUAUGUGAUUGGACUUUGUUAUGGCUAAAGUUUAAUUGAAGAGUUCGAAAAAUGGACAACUUAAAAGAUACUGAAGAUAAGAGAAUUUUGGUUUAAGGUUGGAGAUGGACUUCAACAUUUGGAUUGAAGAGGCCCUAGCCACUCUUUGGAUUUCAAAGUACCAAAUUGGUUGAAGAGUUCAUAAAUUGGAAAAAUUAAGAGAUACAUAAGAUUAGAGAUGGUUUAAAGUAUGAGAUGAGACUACAACUUUUUGUUUGACGACACCAAGUCGUUCGUUGGAUUAAAGUGUAGAUGGUCUAAAGUAUGAGAUCAUAAGAUCAAGAUAAAGAGAAUAGAUACUUUUCAUUCUCAUUCUUCGCAUCAUAAAAUAUCUUCUCCUCUAAUUAGCUUGGUAAACCCAUUAUCUUAAUAUGGGAUUAUUACUUUUAGGUCUUCUCUUGGCUCCUUCUUCUUAUUUUAUUAGAAGCCUGAACCCCAAAUUCAAUUUCAUCAAGCACUAGGUCAAAACCUUGCAAACUGUGCUUUUUAAUGCUAUAAGAAAAGAUAGGUAAAGGUCGAAGAUCAGAGACCAGGAAAUUCCCCAUCAAAUCAUAGGCCUCAGGACCAAGAGCGAAGGAAGUAUUCUUGGGUCCUUUCAUCCGUUGAGGGUUAAAGCCAUUUUGGAAGAAGUAAGAUGAAAUAAGGAUGAAAUAGCGGGAACCAGAAUAGGACAGACCAGGACGAGGUAUGAAAGAUAGGGGAUGCAGAAAGGCUAAUAGAGAGGUUUAGCUCCUCUCGUCACUGGAAAGGCUUGAUUUUCUUAUGAGAAAUCUAAGUUCUAGUAUGAUCACAAGAAGAUUAGUUUACUAAUAAACCAAUUCGACUCAUGAAGAGGAAGGCUAACCAGUCGAUCUUCUUCCAGUCCCAGUGCCAAAACAUGCAUUGACGACAAUACCAUCAGAAUCAAAACUAAGAGAGGACCAACGAUUGGCUGGGGCUGUAUUGGUAUUCUAAGUUAAGGACUGAAGCAACGCCACGGGUUCAGAGAUGAGAGCUUCUUCUACUUUAUCUAAAUAGAUGAAAGAUGCGAUGGUUCAACCCAAGUGCUCAUUCAAACUCCUGCUUCUUGGACUUUUUGAACUUCCUUCGUUUUCUUUAAUAGGCUUUGUCACAAGUCUAAGAGGCUUGGUUUUAUUCGUAGGAAAGCAGGUUUCGGGAGGAGGACAAUAGGAAUUUUCUCCACCUGCUCGAACAGGGAAUUCUCCAUAGUACCUCUUUGGCUUAAGACCCAAUUGAUAUUUAAAGGGAUGCGAACCUUCUAAUCCCUGACCUUGAGUCGCUUAGCCGCUAAGAUUUUACCUCGUCCUUUGAAUUGGACCUUCAUUCUCUCCUUCUAGUUUGAUUAAUCAGUUCUUAGCACUUGAUCUGGGCCAACUAGCCCUCUUCUCCGCGCGUUAGGCUUCCACAAAGACUAAUCUAAUUUUUCAAGGGAAGAAAUCCUACAAAUCAAAAGAAAUGGCAGAUGGCUCUUCCUCGUAUUAAAGGUAGAGCCCUUUCGCCUCACUACCUCCUUUCCCAUACUAUCAAGCUUUUUAUCCCUUUUCCUUGUACUCGUUGUCUUAACUUUGUGUGCUUCCUCUUGAGAACUUGUUAAGACACUUAACAAUAAAACACCUCAAAACACUAACUAAUGGCUGAAACAGAGACACUACUCUGCUAGUUAUAUAUUUAUAUAACCAAAAUAGCAUAAAACAGUCACAAGAUGAUAAGGAAAACAAGAACAAACAACCAAAAAGAUCAUACCAGCCCUUCACAUUGAGUUGGGAAAUUUCAGAGGCUAUAGCAGCCUUUACACCAAACAGAAAUAGAAAAUAUGACCUACCAAACAGAAAUAGAAAAUAUGACCUAGCUACAAAGACCAAAAUGAUCCUAUAUAUAGCACUCCUCAAAUUCCUUCCCGUGGGCCCCAUAACACGAUCCUCCUGCAGACUACUUGUUCAGCACCUUUUUUCUCCAAUAACUAAUCAUCCAAUUAUCUUCUUACCCCUCAUUUUGUAAGUAUUAAUUAUAAGAGGUCUUACAGAACUUUGAUGAGCACUUAUGGAGAAUGAGGGGACGAGAAUGAAUAAUGAUAUUAAUGAGUGGAUUAAAUCAAGAACAAGAUAAAAGGAGAAAAGAAAGGAGUCAAAACAAGGGGUUGGUCUCAUGUCAAUCCUACUGUAUCAGGGAAAGAAGCUUCCACAUUCAUUAAUUCAGAAGAGUUAUUGAUUCUGAUAUUAGGAGUUCUCUUAUUCAUUCCUAUUCCUCAAUCUAUUUCGCAACAUUAUAGCGUAGUUUUCCGAGUAAAUGCUUCCCACUUCCUCUGCAGCGGCCGGUUCCUUUUUAAGCUUUUCUUCCUAUAUACUAGACUUCCUAUAUACUUCCCUAUGGAAUUUCAUUCUUGCUAGGGCUUUCCUCUUGAGAUAUUAUGAUCUUUUACUUCCUCUAAUAUCAAACCACUAAAUCCUUGAACUGAUUUGAAUGGAACUAGAUUCUUAUGGUACUUUGAUGGUAUAACUUCUUGAACUAAUGAAAGAGUUGCUUCCUAUUUUGAGACAAACUGAAUAUCCUCCUAAACCUCUGUCGACAUAUUCCAACCUUGAAAGAGCAGACUCUUCGCUGCAAGGCGAGAGCUGAGGCUAGAACUUCUCUUUCGGAGGUGACCUUUCUUUCUAGCAUGUAGGAUGAUAUGACCUCAGCACCGUCAAAUCACUAAAGAUGUGCCAAGUCUUAUUAAAUGAAUGAAAGAAGAAGAAAAAGAAGAAGAAUUUCAUUUUGAUGGAAGAAUUUCAUUUUGAUGGAUCCCACUACUACUCUUCAAACAGCUUCGUGGGGUCUCGCCUUUCUCCUCUCAAUGUAGGCCGCCUACCUAGCUGGUGCUUCUGCCUCCUCUGUGACCGAGGCUUCCGGCUUGAGCUGCUCCUAUUGUAUGAUGAUAGCCUUCCCGUGAUGUUCUGAUUUCAAAUUGGGAUUGAUUUGGGGUUUAUUCCGACACUGAUCUUGUCUUUCUUCUCGUGCGAGAUGGAAUGUGUUUUUAUUAGUUAUGAAUGAAAGGAAACUCUUUCUACAGAAAUGAAUGUGUUUGAUACCGCAAGUAAAUCAAAGAAAAGAGAGUUUCAAGAGGUGCCUUAGACCACUACGCGGUGCUAAUCGAAGAAAACAUCUCUGAAUUCGUCCUACUGCUACAUGGGGGAGAAAGAGAGACUGUGGCGGAUGAUACGUGCUUUUUGUUAGAAUGAACUCCUAAUCGUAUCUGCUUGACUCAAGAGAGACUUCCACUUAUGCUACCCUCGAUAUGCUACUCAUUGAACUCCUUCCUACGCGGGAACUGAAUACUGCACUAAUAGGCUACGACUAGCUUUCUAAAUCAAGCUAGGGUGUCCAAUUAAAGCUAAAGAGACUGAGUUCGGCCGAUUGAUCCUUUUUGCGUGUGUUGUGUGGGGAGCAUUUGCACUGUUCCUCUUGGGGAGCGUGUGCGUGCCUCUGACUGAAAUAUGCGACAAGUGAAAAUCGUACUUUUUCAUGCAAUUUCUCUUGGUUCGGAGGACUGAUUUAUGGAACUUGAACUUGGAUGAGGAGUCUGAUUUACCGUGUAGAGGAGUCUUCCGUCUCAAUUCCAAGUCUCCCACUUUGUGCAGUCCGAAUGGAAGAAAAAAAAGAAAACUCUAGCACUUCUGUUCAGUCGCUUCGCUUCGCUCCUUUUCUGACUUUAGAGUUGGGAAGUUUCUAUUGGUGGUUUUUCAGUCAUUUAUUAUUUCAAAGACUAGUUUGCAAUGUUUUACCCCCAUAGAAGGGUGGAAGGAGCAUUACUUUUAGGGUUGCAGACGAAGGAUAAGCUUUUUUCCUCCAACUUUCUUAUAUCUUUAUAUGUGAAGUGGAAUAAAAAGCUAUUUCACACUCCAUUUUUCAGCGGGUUUCCUGAACCGGUGGAUAAGUUGGUUAUGGUUUGCUUUCACGGGGAAGUCAAUAAAUGGGGCAUACAAAUCUGGGUCAAGCUCAAUUACACCACCCCCUGGGCAAAAUCUUCUCUUUUCUUAUUCCCACCGCCGAUUGUAGAUUGAAAAGAGAGUACCUCCCAAUCUGGAGUUUAGACAGAGCAGUUCUUCAUUUGCUUCUUCUUCAACCAUUGCACCUCAUGCGCCCUUUUUUCUUCUUCCUUUUAACGUAAGCUCCGAUCUAACACUUCAGACUAAAGCUCCUUCUCCCCGUCCUGGUUUCGCAUAUUUCAUUCUAGGUGAAGUUCUAAACGUCGAGUCAUUUCAUUGAUCGGCUUGGGUCCACGUAUUCUUGAAAUGAAAAGAAUGAAUAACGAAGAGCUCUUACCGAUCUGCUUGAAGAACCGACAGCUACUUUCUCUCAAGUCGAUUCUUCCUUUUUCAUGUCGAGAAAGAGGAGAAUGUUGCUUAAAGUAGUAGGUUGUCCCCUCCCGUCCAUCGUUACUGUGUGACCCUUUAGACUGUCGAUUUUGAGAGUUUGUGGUUUAAAGAAAACAGCAGGUCGAGACUGAACCUCGGGAAAAAACAAGGUUCUCCUCUUUAUUUUGAUUCAAGUUCAUGCUGGAAUCAGACCUAUCCGGGCUGCCUUCUAAAUCAGGUCAACCGUAGGUCGAGCCAUUGCUUCCUCUUCCCUCUACACUGCUACGUGGGGUCGAGCCUUUCGUCCUCUUUCAAUUACAAAUGAACUUCGUUAGUUCUUUAUUUAAAGAGAUCAUACACCCUUUUUCUACGAAAGAGAUAUGUAAAGCAAAUGCACACAUCGAUUUCUCAUCCAUGAAUGAAUUGCCUUUUCCUCUCCUCCUUCUAAACCUACUAAAAGGAAGAAAGUCUAUCUUUCAUAGCUCUUUCUUUGCACUCCUUAACAUCCCUUCUUCCUUAUUCAAAAAGUAGGUUAAGGCCAUGGGCUUUUGUCUAAUUUGUGCUCCCUCCUUUCUCCUCUUCUCUGACUGACUAUCUAACUUUAAGUAGGUUAGCUAAGUUAUUUCUUUUUUGACUUGAAAUAGGGAGUAGGUUUAAGUAGGUUAAAGCUUCGCACCUAGCUGACUUGCCUCCGGUCCUCUUCUUCCUUUCAUCUUAGUAGGUAGGGAUUGAAAGUCAAAAGCCUUUGUAUUGAUAUUGCAAUUGCCUUAUUGAUCAUAGUAGCGAGAUCCAAUUGAUCGAACAAGUGCAAGAACUACUAAAAGCUACUCUAUCUUCUUCAACAAUGUUGAAACUAAUCCUGGAAGACUCAGAAAAAAGAGGUAGAUAGGGUAGAGCAUUGCUUACUUGGUUAUACCCGUUUUACCCUAUUUUGUUAGGUAGUUGUGUCAUACCUUCCCCUCUCUCAUCCCCUAUUUAUUAUCAUAAUCCAUGAAAUAAAGAAAAAGUUUAGGCCAAUGGCCUUGUUCAAUCUCCUCAAAGCAUGAUAAGAUGAAUGGAAUCACGCUACUGAAACAAGAAGAGCAGCCACAACAAUCCUCUUUUUCGAUGUUGUGAUUUCGGAACCUUUUGGCCUCUUAUUAAAUAAGCUCUUUGUUCCGAAACAUCAAUGGUCUCUUCCUCAACGGGCGCAGGGAAUCUCCCCUUUGGUGUCUAGCCAGGGUUUGUUCCAAAAAAAAGACAUGCUUUUCUUGGGUCAUAGGCGAGAAAAAAGAAAAGGUGUGUUUUGGGUUUAGGCUAGUGGGAACGUAAGAUCCAGGCAAAAUCUCCACUUUUCAUGCUUUUUGCCCCCACUGAUUAUCUUCCUUUGGUUUAGAGUCUUCUUCCUUUUAGUAGGUUCUGAAGAUGGAGAAUUUGCUUCAAGAUCUACUUUCUAGUUGGAAAUUAGUCUUAUUCACUUCCUCGUAAGAGAUUGGUUUGUACUCUGCCAGCAAGGAGAAAAGAAGAAAGCCUAGCUUCGCAAGCACCUAUAUAAAAGAAGGGCCACUCUAGGGGCCUCACUCUUUGGGAAUCUAGUUUGAGAUGAUGUUGAAGAGGAAGAAAGAGAUGCUUCGCAACCACUAUCGAGAAAUUGAACUUCAAUUAUGACAUUUAUGAAAUCGAACUUCUUAUACUUCUUUUUGUGUGAUGGGAUUCUUUCUUCUUUUAUCAUACCAUAUCGAUUGUUUAUUCUAUUAACCUAGUUCAAAGUUCAACCCACGAAGCGUAGUCCGACUUCAUGCUAAGAUGUAGAGAUUGUGGAACAAUAGUCAGACGUACGAACUCAAUCGACACGAGGAUCAAUGAAUAUGACCAGCUUAUAUCGGUUUUCAAAACUAAGAACUAAAGUGGAUACCAUGCCACCAAUCGAGCCCUUUACGAGGAAGCUUCCGUUAAGGCCAAGUUAGAAGGGAAGCGCUGCUAGGUAGCCCACUUCGAGAGGCAGGUAUCCCUUUCGCUUCCAAGUUGCUUGUCUAUUAUGCCCACUUCGAGAGGCAGGUAUCCCUUUCGCUUCCAAGUUGCUUGUCUAUUAUGAUUCUGCUCGAUAGCACUAUAUGUCUUGUUCGCCAGAGCUAAUGUCUAAGCUAGGGUCGCUCGUGGGAUUACUCAUCUUCUUUCACUUCAUUCUUUGUUUAGAAGUAGAAGGUUUCGGAAUGAAAUUGAGACCGUCAAGGUUGAGGAAUAGGCAGAAAAGUUUUAGUCUCUUCUUAGUACCUAAAGAUAGCUAUCUCUCUUGAUCCUGGGCCAUGCCCGAUCUUGCUUCUCUCUCAUGAUUGAUCCGACGAGAAGAUCUAAGAAUGACGAAAUUCAUAUAGGGUACCCACAGCUACGAAAGCCUAAUGAACGAAGAAGUGAGGACAGAAAGAUUCUUUGAAUAUGAUGGGUGAUAGCUGACUUCUCUUGAAACAAGAAUGAAAACAACAAAAUGAAUGAGCUCUUUUCUUUUGUCUCUUUCUUCUCCGAAAAUAUCCUCUUAUUCUACUAUUAUCAUAAAACUUAUCAUUUCUAUUCAAACCUUGAACUUCUUAUUCUGUUGCCUUUUUAUUCCUUUAGUGUAGUGGGAGACUUUAUAGUAUUAUGCCACUCCGUUUUCUUUAAUUGGCCGAUCUCUAGGCUUUCUUCUUUUUCUCGAGACAUAUUGUACCGAUUCUCAUCUAGAUUUCGUUAGUCUUUAGUUUCCCCACUACCUUACCCAAUACCGUCGAACCUCUUAAUUCCACUAAAAGAAAAGAUUCCACUAAAACGUCAUAUUUGUAUUUUGAUGCUUCCUUGCCAACAUCUUUCUUUUCUCCCAUGCUUUUCGUUGGUCAACUACCAACCACUACUCUUUAUAGUUCUUUACUACUCAUACAGGAAGGAUUUCUGUCUAGAGGGAAUUUGAUUGAGAAAAAGAAAGAAUGCCUCAAUCGGAUAAAUUGACUUACUUCACACAAUUCUUCUGGUCAUACCUUUUCUUCUCGACUUUCUAUAUUCCCAUAUGCAAUGAUGGAGAUGAAGUACUUGGGAUCAGUAGAAUUCUCAAACUACCAAACCAAUUGGUUUCAGGGAAGAACAUACGGAGCAAGGACCCCAACAGUUUGGAAGAUCUUUUGAGAAAAGGUUUUAGCAUUGGUAUAUCCUAUAUGUACUCUAGUUUCAAAGAAGUAUCCCAAUGGUGUAAGGUCGUCGACUUAUUGGGAAAAAGGAGGAAAAUCACUUUUCUCUCUUGUUUUGGAGAAAUAAGUGGCUCACGAGGUCUCGAAAGAAGUAUAUUCUAUUUGAUCUCGAAGUCCUCGUAUAGCACUUCUUCCAAUCCUGGAUGGGGGAUCACUUGUAGCAAUGAAAUAAUGCUAAUCCAUGUUCUACACGACCAAGGAAGCGUUGUUUUUUAAUUAAGGUUGUUCGGAAGCAUCAAAAUUCAAUUCCUCCAAUUAGUAGUAGGCUCCUGUAGAAGAGAGAUCAAUAAGAGAAAAAGCGAAGGCGGAGGAGGACUUAGUAGGCUCCUGUAGAAGGAGCUCUUUCUGUCUUCUUUUUAUCCUUGUUCACUGAUUUUCUUCCUUUCAAUUCAAACCGCUCCGCUCCAGCACUUCUGUUAAGUCGCUUCGCACCUACUCUUGAGCUCUCUUAUCUCUGUCUUCCUCUAUUUUCUUCUUAUUUUGAUUCUUGAUAAUAGAAAACCUUUCACUCUCUUUAAAGACGCAGAAAGGUAACUGAAAACUCAUAAGUCCAGUUUCAGUUUCAUGAUCCCUAUCUUUUCUUAUGGCUAGGCUUUCUUCUUCCUUGAACUUCUUAUCCUUUUCUCGUUGUGAAUAACUAUUCUAUGCGAAUGAACCCUAUCUUUUCUUAUGGCAUUCUUCUAUGUUUACGGGUUUGAAUAGGAAGAAUCAUCUCUUCCCAUAUGUAAGGUUUCAUAAAUUCAUGAUGCCUUAACAAUAAUAGGCUUUUCUCAAUUCUAUGUGGCCGUCAGGCGGUGCAGAACGCACUAAUUUGGGGUUUUUUCUCCCGGUACUCAAGUUUCUAUGUAAGUCUGAGUUUCGUGUUUAUUGCUUUCAAUAGAUACAAAAGGGGAAAAUAAAUACUUGUGUGAGAUAUACAAGGAAAUAAUAUUGGAGCAAAUUACGAUCAAUCUCCCUAUGAGCUAAGCCCAAUAAUUCUGACACAUAAAUUUUUCACCUAGUGAAUUUUUGUUUAAAAUAUGAGACUAGAUUACGACUUUUUUAUCGAUUAAGAAAGUGAAGAUGAUUGGAUGAGAAGUUAUGGUUGAUUUGUUAAAGUGACAUAUUGGAAGGGAAAACACAAUUUGUUGGUGAUAGUUCUGUAUUCAAUGAUGAAGGAAAGAUGAGAAAAGAUAAAGGAAUUUUGAAUUGAAGUAUUUGAUUGGACUUCAAUUUUUAGAUUGAAGAGGUCUAAUCCUUCUUUUGGUUACAAAGUAGAAAUUUGGUCGAAGAGUUUGAAAAAUGGACAAAAUUAAUUCUGGUUUAAGGUCUAAGAUUGGACUUCUACUUUCUUUGUUGAAGAUUUCAGAAAAUGAAAAAAUUAAGAGAUACAUAGCUUGAAUUUUGGUUGGAAUUCUGAAAUUUGACUACUUUGAUCGAAGACAUCUAGCCAUUCUUUAGAUGGGAGCAGAUGAUUGGAUGGGAAGUUAAGAAAAUGGACAAUAAAGAUACUUCUCAGCCUUUGAUUGGUUUCAAGUCGUUUUGAAGAUCUGUUUUAGUCCCUUUUUGUCAUCAAAGCUAAUCAGUUAAAGCACGUUUUGAAGCUUUUUAGGGUUCUUAUUUUGUUGGUUCCGAAGAUUCUUGAUCUUUA